CCGUGCACCGUGACGCCUACCGCAUCCAGCAAUGAGGAGACUGUCAUAUCUCAAGGCAGGAGCACCAAAGACGUAAAGCGACGGACUAAUUUGGUCAACCAAACGUUGAUUUACUCGAAAUACUGGAGGCCUUUAACCGCCGAAGACCUGCGUCGUUGGCGCUUGUGUCUAGGCGUACGAGGCGUUUCGUUGUAUUCGGAUGUAGCAACAGUAGCCAUCGGGGAUUUGAUCAAACCUGCGUCUCUUAUCGAUUACUUAACGAUGACUGACCUGGGCGUAUCGUACAUGUUGGAAAUCUAAAAUAUUCUCACUUAUCGGUUUUCGUAUUUACUAACAUCUUUUGCCGGCCAAAAUCUGCGCUGCUUAUUAAUGUUUCGAGGCAUUUCAUUUGUAAUUAGAAAUAGCCGGCAUAGUAUCUGUGUUUUUCAAAGAGGAGAUCUGUAUACAGUCUAUAAGUAAGUGUUGAAUAUGAUUAUUUUAGGGCAUCAAAAUAUCAAAUAGCCAAGAUAUUAAUCUACAGCCAUGUUUUAACCGAUGGGGUUUUUUUUUUCAUUGUAUGCAGGCCCGUUUGUCCGUAGGUAAAGGGUGUUGUCGCGCUCGCGUAAACACAUAGUUCUCCGUUUUUAACCGUCCUCGUGUUUUAGGCUUCACCAGAUCGCAGCUGUGGUUGAAUACCGCCGUCAGUCGUGUCGUCUAAAAAAUUUUUUUCUCCCACUGACCUGCAGACAGAAGCGCGCGGGACAGAAGGACGGGGUGUUCCUCGCGCGUGGAAGCGAACGCCGGUUGCGAUUCCGCCCGUUCCACGCCGCUCGAGCGCAUCCUUCCGUGCAAAAUCUUACUCAUUUUCCUCCGAGUCACAUCUCUCGUCAAACAGGCAACGCUACGCACUCUCCCGAGUCCAACAUUAUUUUCUCGUUGAUGUACCCUUGACACGCCACUCAUCUUGAUAAGGAAAAUGCAAUUGACGCGCUUGCCAAAUCGAACCAAUUAGCUAAAACGGAGUUUUAGAUGAGGUUUUCUCUUAUCGCUGUCAUGACAAACUACGAUCAUUUUGCAUCGAGUCAGCCUUUUUCGUAGGUAGCCAACUAAGGGCGAUUUUACCGUGGUAUAUAAGGUAUACAGUGACGGUAAGGACAUUCAAACUUGUCUGGCCACCAUUUCGUGAAUGUUGUGGUUUUUUUUACGGACAGUCGGUUUCGGCGUUUGGAAUAUUUCCUUCCCUUUAGUUACUGACAUAGGUAGUUAUUUUGUGAUUAUUUUCCUUCACCCCACACUCUGGCUCCGUGGGCCCGCCAGGAAGAUGGCAGCUUAUUAAAUUUUAAUCUUUAUGCAUUGGCGCGACAAGGCAGCCGAGAACGAGACAACAGUGAAACAGCGGGCGGAGGAGCCAAGGAGAGACUGUGCGAGGAACGGGAGAUGGACGACAGUCAGUAGCCGAAAUAGGGAGGCUACAGGAGGACGAGAAGCUUCAUCUGAACUGAGAGGGAUUCUGAGUGGCUGACCCUCCCACUCCACCUGGCCCCACCCCUUACCUACCCGUCACCAUGGCACUGUCACUAUGGUUACUGUGGAUGUGUGUUGCCUCGCUUAGCAACAUUGCCCCGUCUGAACAAGGGUUGAGCAGAGCAGCAAUGCCCUUCGGACUGAUGCGUAGGGAGCUGGCGUGUGAGGGGUACCCCAUUGAGCUGCGCUGCCCAGGAAGUGAUGUCAUCAUGAUUGAGACUGCCAACUACGGCCGCACUGAUGACAAGAUCUGUGACGCUGACCCCUUCCAGAUGGAGAACGUCCAGUGCUACCAACCAGAUGCCUUCAAGAUCAUGUCUCAUAGGUGUAAUAAUCGGACCCAGUGUGUGGUCGUUGCAGGGGCUGAUGUGUUUCCUGACCCUUGUCCUGGAACUUAUAAAUACCUGGAGAUCCAAUAUGAAUGUGUCCCAUACAAAGUGGACCAAAAAGUCUUUGUUUGUCCCGGAACUCUCAUUCAUGUUCUGGAAGCCAGUUCGGUGCGGGAGGCAGAGCAUCAGUCGGGGGCGUGGUGUAAGGAUCCUUUGCAGGCUGGUGAUAGGCUGUACGUUAUGCCAUGGACACCCUAUCGAACAGACAUGCUGUACGAGUACGCCUCGUGGGAGGACUACCGACAAACCAGAGUCACCACCACAUAUAAGCUGCCGAGUCGUGUGGACGGCACGGGCUUUGUUGUGUAUGACGGCGCUGUUUUCUACAACAAGGAGCGUACGCGCAACAUCGUGAAGUACGACCUGCGCACGCGCAUCAAGAGUGGCGAGGCCAUCGUCACCAACGCCAACUACCACGACACCUCGCCCUACCGCUGGGGCGGCAAGUCCGACAUCGACCUGGCUGUGGAUGAGAAUGGCCUGUGGGUGAUCUACGCCACAGAGUCCAACAACGGACGCCUGGUGGUCAGUCAGGUGAACCCAUACACACUGCGUUUCGAAGGCACGUGGCAAACCACCUUCGAGAAGCGCAUGGCAUCAGAUGCGUUCGUGGCGUGCGGCGUGCUCUAUGCCGUGCGCUCCGUCUACCAGGACGAUGACAGCGAGGCGGGUGGGAACCUCAUCCUGUACGCGUAUGACACGCGGCGGGAGAGGGAGGAGCCUGUCCAUAUCCCUUUCCCCAACCCCUACCAGCACAUCUCCUCCAUCAGUUACAACCCGCGGGACAAUCAGCUGUACGUGUGGAACAACUACAACGUCCUGCGCUACCCGCUGGAGUUCAGCCCUCCGCAGCCCACCGCCGACCCUCUGUCCACUCCUCUCCUCUCCACCACUGCUCAGUCUCCACUCUCCUCCACAUUUUUUCUGGGCUUCAGUCCAACCCCACCGCCGUCUGUCACCUUUCACCCGGUGGGGGCGAUUAACCGGGCUCCGGCUGGCCGGCCCAUCACGGCGACCGUGCCCGUGACCCUCCGCCCGGCACGGCACCCACCAGGAGCACGCAUGCCUGUGUGUGAGGGGAGAGUGAGUCGAGGAGUGCAGUGGCCGCCCACACACAGGGGGGAGACGGUGGAGAGACCCUGUCCCAAAGGAUCGCUCGGGAUUGCCUCCUACCACUGCAUGGUGGAUGAGGUGGUGUGGGACGUGCGGGGACCUGACCUCAGUAACUGCACCUCGCCCUGGGUCAGCCAGGUCGCCCAGAAGAUAAAGAGUGGGGAGAAUGCAGCACAUAUUGCUGCUGUGCUUGUCAAUCACACACGGGGGCGCGUCUAUGCUGGUGAUGUCACUUCCUCUGUGCGUCUUAUGGAGCAGUUGUUGGACAUUCUGGACUCCCAGCUGCAGGCACUGAGGCCAGCUAACAAGGACUCGGCAGCCAGGAACUAUAACAAACUCCAGAAGAGGGGGAGGACCUGCAAAGCAUUUAUUCAGGCCAUGGUCCAGACGGUGGACAACCUGCUGCGUCUGGAGGCGCUGGACUCCUGGCAGGACAUGAACACUACGGAGCAGUCUCACACAGCCACCAUGAUGCUGGACGUGAUGGAGAAAGGCUCCUUCCUAUUGGCCAACAACCUCUACAACGGGGAGUUUAGUGACCGUGCCCCCAACGUCGACCUGGAGGUGUACGUAUUGAACACAGAGACUGAGGUCAAAGACCUGUUCUUCCCCCACUCCUAUGACAGUGACAGCACCAUCCAUCUCUCUACAGCUACCAUCAAACAAUACAGCCGCAAUGGUCAGGUGAAGGUCGUUUUUGCUCUCUAUAAGAAUCUUGGUACUUUCCUCUCCACCCAAAAUGCUACGGUCAAGACAGAGGCGGAGCUAAAGCAGGGAGGGCGGAGACUGGCUGUUAAUUCCCAUGUAAUCUCUGCCUCUAUGAAUAAAGAGUCCAGCCGUGUGUUUCUGACUGAACCAGUCACCUUCACACUUAGGCACCUACAGCUGGAGAACCACUUCAGUCCAAACUGUUCAUUCUGGAACUACUCGGAGCACUCUAUGAUGGGCCAGUGGUCAUCUCAGGGCUGCAGGCUGGUACACACCAACAACACACACACCACCUGCUCCUGCUCACACCUCACCAACUUCGCCCUGCUGAUGAGCCACCAGCAGCCUGCUUAUCCCGGAGGGGUCCAGGGCCUGAUCCUCUUCGUCAUCACCUGGGUGGGCAUGGUGAUCUCGCUGGUGUGUCUGGCUCUGUGUAUCUCCACCUUCUGCUGUCUGAGGGCACUACAGAGUGACCGCACCACUAUUCACAAGAACCUCUGCCUCACGCUCUUCAUCUCCCAGCUCCUCUUCCUCAUCGGCAUGGAUAAGACCCACUACACCGUGGCGUGUCCCGUACUGGCUGGUCUCCUCCAUUUCUUCCUGCUCUCCGUGUUCUGCUGGCUGUGUGUGGAAGCUGUUCAGCUCUACGUGCUCCUGGUGGAGGUUUUUGAGAGCGAGACCUCACGCAGGAAGUACUACUACCUGUCCGCCUAUGGCUUCCCCCUACUGGUGGUGGCCAUCUCAGCUGCCAUUGACUACAGGAGCUACGGCAACCCUAAAGCUUGCUGGCUGCGAGUGGACAAUUACUUCAUCUGGAUGUUCAUUGGCCCUGUCUCCCUCGUUAUCCUGCUGAACCUGGUUGUCGUGGUGAUCACCAUUCACAGGAUGAUCCGCCACUCCACCGUGCUCAAGCCCGACUCCAGCCGCUUCGACAACAUCAAGUGCUGGACAGUGAGCUCUGUGACUCUCCUUCUCCUGGUGACGCUGACCUGGGUCUUCGGCCUCCUCUUCAUCAAUGAGAAUAGUGUGGUGAUGGCAUACCUCUUCACCUCCUUCAAUGCCCUACACGGUCUCUUCAUCUUCAUCUUCCACUGCGCUCUGCAGAAGAAGGUUCAGAAGGAGUAUGGUAAAUGCUUCCGUCAGUCAUCCUGCUGUGGCCACGCCUCCUCUUCUGGUUCCCAUGGUUCCCUCAAAAGCUCCACCCAUCGCAGCAACAACCGCUACUAUAGUGGAGGGCAAUCAAGACAUGCCCCGGCACACAGACAGAGUCGUAUCCGGCGAAUGUGGAAUGAUACAGUUCGCAGGCAGACUGAGUCUUCUUUUAUGGCUGACCUGAACAACACCCCCACGCUCAACAGAGGAACUAUGGGUAAUCACCUGCUGGCCAAUCCAGUGCUGCAGACUCGCUCUGGCUCCUCCCCUUAUAACACACUUUUGGCUGAAACCUUCAACUCACCCUCACCAGCGGUCUUCAACUCCACUGGUACCUUCAGAAAUUCAACAGAGGGCACUUUGUCCCGUAGUCGUGAGUCGUGUGGGCUGGAAGGAGUUCGCCUGAACGGAAACUACAACAACAGCUACUCCGUGCAUGGUGGCAGCUCUGACCUCCUUGGGAGUGUUCCGGUGGGAGCAGGGGGCGUAUCUGGAGAUGUCAGCCCAGCCCUACUAACCCCCAGGGGGGCGGAGCCAACAGCAGGUUUGAGGCGGAACCUUUCAGAUGCAGCCGCAUUGGAGAAGAUGAUCAUCUCCGAGCUGGUGCAAAGCAACCUGCGUCCGGCUGCUGAUCGCUAUGGCAAUGCUGUGGAAACGACCACUGAGCGUCAGGAUUAUGUAACCUCAACAAUGGGUCACAGGGAGCCUCCUCAGCGCCCGCUACCCCGCCCACCACCUCCACCACCACAGGAUGAGGAGGAGCCUCUGUACAAGGCUCUAGAGAAGCCCCGCCUACCUGACAAGCCACGCCUCCCCGAAAAACCUCGCCUCCCAGAGAAACCCCGUCUCUUAGAGCACACUCAGUCAGUGUUCUACCAGAGUGAGGAAGACUCUGAAAGCUUUUCUGCUGAAAUCACGGACAGUGUGGGUGGAACUGGGCCUGACACCGCCUCCUUGUAUGCAAGGGACAGGGACUCAUCCUAUCCCGACAGCAGCCCAGAGGCUUUAGGGGUGGAGCCUCGCUCAGCUCUGCCCCCCGAUGAGUUGUACUUCAGCACAGGGCGCCACGCCCACGUCUCCGCCUUCUACCAGCCCCCAUCACGACGGCCCAAUGAGGAGCCUCGGUUGGGGCUGGAGCCCGCUCACGGUGAGGGUGAUGGACAGAUGCAACUGGUGACGAGUCUGUGACUAGGGCGCUGGUGACCAGGACAUGGAGAUCUGGGGGAGGAAGAGGAGGUCUGAUGUCAUCAUCAUCAUCAUCAUUAUCAUCUACUACAAUAGAGAGCAGUUUUUUUAUGAACAUCUGUUCCUAAAAGUAAACGUGAUGAAAUGUUUUGUAACACCUGAGCCUGGUAGAAGAGUUCAGAGCCUGGUAGAAGAGUGUCUGUCUGCCUGGAGAUCUCAGAUGCCCAACAAUAUGUAUCUGACCUAAGAGAAUUGGCGAUAACGAUCACUACAGUUUCUGAAGUCUGAGGUUUUACCCACAAAUGUCAGUAUAUCCUCCAACACAGAGGUGCAUUCACCUGCAGCUUGUACUGCAGUUUCAACAACACUGACUGACUGUGGUUCUGAUUACUGACAGUACAGUGCGUUGAUAUGGUGGGUCUGUAUUGCUGUAUGAUGAGCUGGAUUGAGGAGCGGUCACGUCAGACACACUGAGGUGUCCCGGGCAACCUUGCAGCUGGACAGCAUCUGCAUGAGGAGCUAGGGAGUGCUGUCACCCUAUGGGAUAUUUGGAGGAGACAUCAGAGACUUCUGCAUCCUAGCUGAAUUUACAAAUUAUUAUUAUCAUUAAUGUUAGUAUUAAUAUUUUCGAAUUAUGCGAAUGCAUCCUGUGUACCCUUGGAAAAGCACAUGUCCCAUGAACUUGAUGAUGAUGAUGAUGAUGAUGAUGAUGAUGAUGAUGAUGAAGCAAAAGAGCAGUGAUGACGAUGAUGAAGGCUUCCUCCUCCGAGUCUCUGUCUCUUGGUCACCCCCACACCCACCCUGCCCAUCUCACUGCCAUUCAUACGCUCUCUCUCUCUCUCUCUCUCUCUCUCUCUCUCUCUCUCUCUCUCUCUCUCUCCUCUAUGUUGUAUAUUACUCUGUCUGAAUGCCUGUAUUUUCUGCAUAUUCUGUAUCUCACUGUUUGUCCCUAUUACUUUUCCCCUCUCUCUCUCUCUUUCUCUCUCUCUCUCUCUCUCUCCAUACUCUACCUCUCUAUGUGAUGGCCUCUGUUCAUCUUUUUGCACCCCUCUCUGUCUGUCUCUCUCUCACUGUGUGUCUGUCUGUCCCUCUCACACUCUUUCUUUCUCUCUGUCUCUCUUUCUUUAUCUCUGUCUAGCUGUCUGUCUGUCUCUCUCUCUCUCUCUCUGUCUCGGGGUGGAGUGGUAGUCUUUUGUUGUAUCCUGGAUUGUUUGUUUCAUGUCUGUAGUCCUUUUCAGCAGAAUGUGACACCUUUACCAGAGACACCAGAGGAAAACACAAACUUUUACAUUGCCAAAAACCAUUUCAAGGAAACACACAAACACACACGCACGCACACCUGCACACAUGCAAACACACUUCUUUCGUCGUCUGGCUUUCAGUGUUCACUCACUGAACACACUUCUCCAGAGGUCAGGGGUCAAAGGUAAUCGGGGUUUGACCUUACCAGGCAUCAGAACCAGACUGUGGACAUGUUCUGUCCUGUUCAGAAUACACAUGCGAACUGUGUGUGUUUGGACCAAGCCCUAACCCUUGUGGACUAGCCUUACCCCUAGGCCUCAACCAAUCAGCUUCCUUGAUUCUGAGGUUGGCAAGCCCAACGCCCCGCCUCCUUUUCUAGAUUCUAUGUAGGUUAAUGAAUGACAGAUGUUGAUGUUGCCACGAUGAUAAGGCAGAGCCAGCAGUGGUGUUGGUGUAAAUAGAAGUCAGAGAGCAAGCAUUUCAGGAUGUGCUUCUUCUAUCUCUACAAAAUUCAUGAACAAAAGGAUAAAACAUAAGAUGUGUAGAAGACCUGGAUGACACUGUCUCUUCUCUUCCAUUAGCUCUGUCUUUCUCUCUCCCUCUGUCACUCCAGCUCUCUCUCUUUCUCUCCUUCCUUUCUUUCUUAUUGUUCUUGCUCUCCAUGUGGGUGACAGAAGGAUAGGGUUUUGUUAAAGAGAAAGACAAGAAAUGUUUUGUAUAAAAAAUAAAACGAAUGAAUGUCACACCUGCGGUUUGAUCA